CAACCUGAGAAUGCGUUUUGACUAUUUGCAGCUGUGUUGGAUAACGAGAGAUUAACAGCAGAGGAAAUGGAUGAAAGGCGACGCCAGAAUGUAGCCUAUGAAUACCUUUGUCAUCUGGAGGAAGCAAAGAGAUGGAUGGAGGCCUGUCUGAAUGAGGAGCUGCCUCCCACAACAGAGCUGGAAGAAGGAUUGAGAAAUGGAGUCUACCUGGCCAAGCUUGGAAACUUCUUCUCCCCUAAAGUGGUUUCUGUGAAGAAAAUCUAUGAUAGGGAACAGACUAGAUAUAAGGCAACCGGUCUCCACUUUCGGCAUACAGAUAAUGUAAUCCAGUGGCUGAAUGCUAUGGCUGAGAUCGGUCUCCCCAAGAUAUUCUACCCAGAAACUACAGAUAUCUAUGAUCGCAAGAAUAUGCCACGCUGUAUCUAUUGUAUUCAUGCACUCAGCCUGUACCUGUUCAAGCUGGGCCUUGCCCCCCAGAUUCAGGAUUUAUAUGGGAAGGUGGACUUCACAGAGGAGGAAAUCAGUAAUAUGAGGCUUGAACUGGAGAAGUAUGGUAUUCAGAUGCCUGCCUUCAGCAAGAUUGGAGGAAUUCUUGCGAAUGAACUUUCUGUGGAUGAAGCAGCAUUACAUGCUGCUGUCAUUGCCAUUAAUGAAGCAAUUGACCAUCAGGUUCCAGCUGACACUCUUAUGGCAAUGAAGAACCCUAAUGCCAUGCUAAUAAAUCUUGAUGAUCAACUGGAAUCCAUUUACCAAGACACACUCUACAGAGCAAAGCAAGACAAGAUGGAGAAUGCUAAAAACAGAAUUGCCUCAGAAAAUUCAGAGAGAGAGAGAGAUGUGUAUGAAGAACUUCUGACCCAAGCUGAGAUUCAGGGAAACAUUAAUAAAGUGAACACACAUGCAGCCCUAUCAAAGAUUGACCUAGCUUUGGAACGAGGCGAUGCAUUAGCACUCUAUGAAGCUUUGGCAGCACCAGCCCUGGGACUCCGAGGAUUGCUACGAGAAAAUUGCGACUGGUAUUUCAAGCAGUUUUUGAGUGAUAGACAACAGAAACAGGAGGCUGGCCUUACAGGUCCUUUGCAGAAGGAAGAGUUGCAGUCUGGAGUGGAUGCUGCUAACAGGGCAGCACAACAGUAUCAGCAAAGGCUGGCAGCAGUAGCCAAAAUUAAUUCUGCAAUUCGAGUGGGUGAUGCUGAGCAGACUGUGACAGAAAUGAUGAAUCCAGAGGCGCAAUUACCAGAGGUUUAUGCAUUUGCUGCAGAUCUUUAUCAAAGGGAGCUAGCCACCUUGCAGCAACAGAGCCCUGAAGGUAACCUCACCCAUGCAGAAUUAUCUGUUGCUGUAGAGAUGCUGUCUUCUGUGGCCCUGAUUAAUAGGGCUUUGGAUUCAGGGGAUGUGAAUACAGUGUGGAAACAACUGAGCAGUCCUGUCACAGGGCUUACAAACAUUGAGGAUGAGAACUCUCAGAGAUACAUCGAUGAUUUGAUGAAGCUGAAAGCUCAAACACGUGCAGAAGGAAAUCAGUUUAUCACAUGGAAUGAUAUCCAGUCAUGUGUUGAUCACGUGAACAUAGUUGUGCAUGAGGAACAUGAAAGGAUUUUGGCAAUUGGUCUUAUAAAUGAAGCUCUGGAUGAAGGGGACACUAAAAAGACUAUUCAAGCCUUACAAAUUCCUGCAGCAAAAUUGGAGGGCGUAGCCCCAAAAGUAGCCCAGCAUUACCAGGAUACACUACUUCGAGCCAAGAGAGAGAAAGCACAGGACACCCAGGAUGAAACAGCUGUACUUUGGCUAGAUGAAAUUCAGGAUGGGAUUUAUAGGGCUAACAAGGACACAGAGGAGUCUGAGAGAUUCUCUUUAGGAAUUCUGGCCAUUAAUGAAGCAGUAGAUCAUGGUGAUGUGAGCCAGACCCUAAGUGCCUUACGUUCACCGGAUGUUGGGCUCUAUGGAGUCACUCCAGAAUGUGCUGAGACGUACCAGCGAGAGCUGUCAGAAGUUAAGAGAAGAAAAAUGGCAGCAGGGGGCAAUGGCAGUGAAUGGGUGAAACACUGGGUGAGAGGAGGCUAUCAUUAUUAUCAUAACCUGAGGACCAAAGAGGGAGGAUGGGAUGAACCAGCGGAUUUUGUGCAAAAUGACGUGCAGCUGUCACGGGAGGAGAUACAGAGCACCAUAUCUGGAGUCACUGCGGCAUACAACCGAGAGCAGCUGUGGCUGGCCAAUGAGAACCUGAUUACAAAACUUCAGGCUUGCUGUCGAGGAUAUCUUGUUCGCCAGGAAUUCAACUCAAGAAUGAAUUUUUUGAAGAAACAAGUCCCAGCAAUCACUUGCAUUCAGUCCCAGUGGCGUGGCUACAAGCAGAGAAAGGCAUAUCAAAUCCGUUUGGAUUACCUGCGAGCACAAAAGGACCAAGUAGUGAAGAUUCAGUCAAUGACCAGGAUGUAUCAAGCCAGAAGGCGUUACAGAGAUCGUCUACAGUAUUUCAGAAACCACAUAAAUGAUGUUGUAAAAAUUCAAGCCUUUAUACGAGCAAACAAGGCACGAGAAGACUAUAAAACACUCAUUAAUGCUGAAAACCCACCUAUGGCUGUGGUCCGGAAAUUUGUCCACUUGCUCGAUCAGAGUGACCAAGAUUUUCAGGAGGAGCUUGAGCUAAUGAAACUGCGUGAGGAGGUUGUAACCUUGAUCCGAUCCAAUCAGCAACUGGAAAAUGACCUCAAUCUCAUGGACAUCAAAAUUGGGCUGCUAGUGAAGAACAAAAUAACUUUGCAGGAUGUUGUUUCCCAUAGCAAAAAACUUACCAAGAAGAACAAGGAACAGCUUUCUGACAUGAUGAUGCUCAACAAACAAAGGGGAGGUUUGAAAGCUUUGAGCAAAGAGAAGAGAGAAAAGCUGGAAGCCUAUCAGCACUUGUUCUACUUACUUCAGACUAACCCAACCUACUUGGCCAAGCUGAUUUUUCAGAUGCCUCAAAAUAAAUCUACAAAAUUCAUGGAUUCUGUCAUCUUCACGCUGUAUAACUACGCAUCCAAUCAAAGAGAGGAAUACCUGUUGUUGCGGCUUUUCCAAACAGCGUUGCAGGAAGAGAUCAAAUCAAAAGUAGACCAAAUACAUGAAAUUGUGACGGGGAAUCCUACUGUUAUUAAAAUGGUGGUAAGUUUCAACCGUGGUGCCCGUGGUCAGAACGCCCUGAGGCAAAUCCUGGCACCAGUUGUGAAGGAAAUCAUCGAUGACAAAUCACUCAAUAUCAAAACCGAUCCAGUGGAUAUUUACAAGUCUUGGGUUAACCAGAUGGAGUCUCAAACUGGCGAGGCCAGCAAACUGCCAUACGAUGUUACACCUGAACAAGCUCUGAAUCAUGAAGAGGUGAGGAUACGCCUGGAUGCCUCAAUCAGAAACAUGAGAACAGUGACAGACAAGUUCCUGUCUGCCAUUGUUAGUUCAGUGGACAAAAUCCCUUAUGGAAUGCGUUUCAUUGCCAAGGUACUAAAAGACUCCCUGCACGAGAAGUUUCCUGAUGCUGGCGAGGAUGAUCUUCUGAAGAUUGUUGGCAACUUACUCUAUUACCGCUACAUGAAUCCAGCCAUUGUCGCACCAGAUGCGUUUGACAUAAUUGACCUUUCAGCUGGAGGUCAGCUGACCACGGAUCAACGCAGAAACCUCGGUUCCAUUGCAAAGAUGUUGCAGCAUGCUGCAUCCAACAAGAUGUUCAUGGGAGACAAUGCCCACCUAAGCAUCAUUAAUGAAUACCUAUCGCAGUCAUACCAGAAAUUCAGACGUUUUUUUCAGGCUGCCUGUGAGGUUCCUGAAUUGCAGGAUAAAUUUAAUAUUGAUGAAUAUUCUGACUUGGUGACUCUCACUAAACCAGUUAUUUAUAUUUCUAUUGGUGAAAUCAUCAAUACACACACAUUGCUCUUAGACCAUCAAGAUGCAAUUGCUCCUGAGCACAACGAUCCAAUUCAUGAGCUGCUGGAUGAUCUCGGAGAGGUUCCUACAAUUGAGUCCUUAAUAGGGGAAGGGUCUGGCAAUGUUAAUGACCCCAACAGGGAAAUGCUAGCAAAGACUGAGGUUUCUCUCACACUCACUAAUAAAUUUGACGUUCCUGGUGAUGAGAAUGCAGAGAUGGAUGCAAGGACAAUUCUGUUGAACACAAAACGUUUAAUUGUCGAUGUAAUCCGCUUCCAACCAGGGGAGACGCUGACUGAAAUCUUGGAAACUCCAGCUACUUCAGAGCAAGAAGCGGAGCAUCAAAGAGCUAUGCAGAAACGAGCUAUUCGUGAUGCUAAAACUCCGGAUAAGAUGAAAAAAUCAGUGUCUGUAAAGGAAGACGGCAAUUUAAAUCUUCAAGAAAAAAAAGAUAAAAUCAAGACAGGCCUGAAGAAGUUGACAGAACUGGGGACAGUGAAUGCAAAAAAUAAAUACCAGGAACUAAUCAACGACAUUGCAAAGGAUAUCCGAAAUCAGCGUAGAUACCGUCAGAGAAGAAAGGCAGAGCUGGUGAAGCUGCAGCAGACAUACAGUGCCUUGAACUCCAAAGCUACUUUUUAUGGGGAGCAAGUGGAUUAUUAUAAAAGCUACAUCAAAACCUGCUUGGAUAACCUGGCCAGCAAGGGCAAAGUCUCUAAGAAGCCUCGGGAGAUGAAAGGCAAAAACAGUAAAAAGAUUUCUCUAAAAUACACAGCAGCUCGACUUCAUGAGAAGGGAGUGCUUUUAGAGAUUGAGGACCUGCAAAGUAACCAGUUUAAAAACGUGAUAUUUGAAAUCAGUCCAACAGAAGAAGUAGGAGAUUUUGAGGUAAAAGCAAAAUUCAUGGGAGUACAGAUGGAAACCUUUAUGUUACAUUAUCAGGACCUUUUGCAGCUGCAAUAUGAAGGUGUUGCAGUCAUGAAGUUGUUCGACAGAGCAAAAGUGAAUGUCAACCUUCUGAUCUUUCUUCUGAAUAAGAAAUUCUAUGGGAAGUAACCAACCUCUGACAGCAAGUCUGUGAAAGGGGACAUGCAUAGAAACCUGCACAUACAACUUUUAAUGACAUAGCUAUGUAUCAGUAUAUGCCCAUGCUGUGCUAAAAUAUAUCAAAUGUAUCAUGGAGGAGGAAUAAGAACCUCUUGUGAAUUGACAACCCUGACUGAGUCUGCAGGGAGUUGGUUUCUUGUUUUAUUUAUGAUCUUUAUCUUCAACUUUGAAGGUCCCCUGAAAAGCAGUUAAUUUAGAAUGUAUUUUUACAUGGCACUGGGGAUUAAACUAAUGUUAGAAUAUACUUGGGGCAUCUGGAUGCUUUAUUUGCCUAAAUGUGCGCUUUGUGAGGCUUAAUUCUGGUUGCCUGUGCAAAGAAAAAGCCAGCACUGUACAGCUGUGGGCUUGUCUCUUUCUGAAAGCAAAAAGGGUUGCAGAUUGUAUUCAGACUCCAUUAUUCUCCAACAGUAAUGACCAAAAUUAAAAAUGGUCAAGGUCCUGGUUACCCACUUGCUUGUAAGCUGGUGGUGGUAGCAGCAGCCAGUUUUCAAGAUAGAAUUACUACAGUCUGGGGAAUCAAUAAGUGUCAUAAAUGGUCGCUGAACUGUUUGUGAUUGUGUACUAUAGCCACGUAUAACAGCUUUAAUUUCUCAUUCUUCUUGAUUUGUUUCUGUUUGUCACACUGUAAGAAUUUGCAGAUGGCCCCUUAAAUAGAGGGACAAUGGAAUGUAUUUACUAGUGCUUACAGAUGAAAAGAAGCCUUUGGGGAAGGGGAGGCAAGCUUAAAUUUUGAAAUAUGUUAACUUUUAAUGUUGCUUGCAAAGCAUUUGAAAUGUAAAAAUAACUUUUUUUCAGUUUAGAGCGAUGUUCUAUAGAUCUGUAUCUGAUGCAAUAAAAUAUUAGAUUCUACUUGCAGACUUGUCAAAGGAAGGAGAUUAUCUUUAAGUAGGCUAGCUUUUAAAAUUAUUUUUUUCUAGCUAUACUCAAGCUCCCUUUUCUUUUUCUUUUUUUUUUUAAUUUUACUGUGGUGGUGCUGCUGGUUCUGCUAUAUCCAAUAAAAAGGUAGGGACUCUUUUUAAAAAAAAAAAUAAAAUUCUGACCUUUAAAUUCAUCAGUUGUUCCAGCUCUCCCUCCAUUUUUUAAACAUUUGUAUUAUUUAAAAAGGGAUGUAUAUCUUAAUUGCAAAUUUCAAGUUACUCAUAGGACACUUGUUUUGUUUGUUCAGAUUAGAUCUUUUUUUUUUCUCAUGAAAGAUCCUCAUAGUAUUUGAAAUGACUACAUCCCUGAGGUUUACUUUUUUGCAGUCUUCUUAGAAGCAAAUAUUUAUUUGAACCUGCUGGUGUCUAGACUGUGUUUAAAAGUACUGGUUGGUGCAUGCACAGUCCAAUCCAAGAACAAAAAUUACUUGCCAAACCCAAGAAAGAGCUUUAUGGUCCAGAUCAUCUGAGACAGAGAUACCUCAGAAAUGGAUUUCUACUGAAAUCUUGAUGAAGAGGCCUGAAAUGGGAUAAAGGUCUUGCCUUGUUCUUCUGUGUGGGGUUUGUUUGGGUUUGUUAUUUUCCUGCCUCUGAAUUUUGAGUAUUGUAGAAGGACUUAAUUCCUUUGAUUUGGGGAUGAUGAGAAUAAUGGCAGAACAUGAUAAAAUGAUUGUUAGGAAAAUACAGCUAUACUCUGCAAGCUCUUGGGCCACAGCGAUUGAUCAUCCCUCACGCUUUUUUAAAAUUUUAUUAAUGAAUACUUUUAAUACUUUCCAAUGUCUGUUAAAUAAAUUUCAAUUAUAACCCAGCUGGGAUUUAGGGACAAGGUGAUGAAGUGUUAGAGGCCUGUGUGGAAAGCAUCCUUUCUCUGUGAUUUACAGUAAUUCCAUUGUUGCCUACACCUGUUUUUGGCAAAAAUUGAAAAACCAACCCAAACAAAUCAGUUCUUUUGAAGUAAUAUUAAAAACAGGAAAGAGUCUACUCAUUUUAGUUGAGCAACUGUAUGGAACUGUGGAGGUUUUUUUAAAAAAGAAAAAGCUCUAUUAAAAGAUCCAAUCUCAGCACUUAAAUAUAUGUAUUUUAUAAUCUACUAGUGAUUUAGCUUUGCUUACUCCAUUAUGUGACUAUUUACUGUGGGAGUAGCUACAUGUACGAAUUCUGACUUCUUUCUUUCCUGGUAAAAUUUGCUUUUGUAACUCACAUCUAAGUAAAAUGUCAUUUGUCCCC